UUUCCUGUAAGACGACAUUCUACUGGUGACUCUGUAAAAGCACAGCAGAGUUAGGCUUGGGAAUUCUUAAAGCAUGUUGACAUUAUUAAGUGUUUAAACGCUGUUUUGGCUACAGUCCGCUGAUACAGCAGCGCUGUUUAUGACUGGUUUAAAGUGUUGGAUUGGCGAAAAACAUGACAGCCAAUGAAGACCAGGAGAUGGAGUUGGAGGCUCUGCGCUCUAUCUAUGAAGGAGAUGACCGCUUUAAAGAGCUCAGCCCUGUUUCCUUUCAGUUCAGGAUAGGAGAUCUUGAGGACUCCAAAUCCUUCCUGCUAGAAGUGGCAUGGCCAGAGAACUAUCCUGAAACUGCCCCGCACAUAUCAUUAGAGACUUUUUUCAACAACAGAAUAUCCCUGGAGACAAAGCAGUACAUUCUUUCCAAAAUGAGUGAACAGGUAGAGGCCAACCUGGGUACUGCCAUGAUGUACACGCUCUUUGAGUGGGCCAAAGAGAACCAGGAAACCCUCAUGGAAAACCAUCAGCCUGUCUGA